CAAUUAAGAGAGAAAAUGACCGACAAGUCGGAGUAUAAAAUGGGGAGGUUUCUGUCAAACCCUUCGGCAGCACAGAGGACCUUGAAAGCUGUUACGAUGCGUGGUAUCUUUGCUAGGUGUGCUCUUGCAGCACUGCUGCUGGCUGUGACUUUAGCACACAACCACCACCAGGAACACAGUCAUGACCACGACCACACUCAUGACCACACUCAUGACCACAGUGCUGACAACGGCCUGACUUGCCACAAGCUGGCCAAUCCUCAUGCCGACUUCGGCUUUGCCCUCUACAAAAGCCUGAAUGCCAAUGCUGCGUCUGGUAAGAACAUCUUCUUCUCACCACUGGGCAUCGCCACCGCCCUGUCCAUGAUGUCAACAGGAGCCCAUGGUACGACGCAGAGUCAGCUCUUCUCCACCUUGGGCUACAGCAGUUACAGCCAGGACCAGAUCAACAAAGCCUAUCACCACCUCUUAAGCAUGCUCGGUGAAGCCAAGGAGUAUCAGCAGUUGGAUGUCGGCAAUGCUGUUGCAGUGCGCGAUGGUUUCAAUCCUCUGCAGAGUUUCCUCCUAAAUGCUGUACACUACUACAAGGGUGCGAGCUUCAACGUUGACUUCACAAAAGUCGAAGAGGCUACAGCUGAGAUCAACCGAUACAUUGCCGUUAAGACACAGGACAAGAUUAAAGAUAUGGUCAAGGACUUGGACCCUGACAUGGCCAUGGUGCUGAUCAACUAUGUCUUCUUCAGAGGACAGUGGGAGAAACCUUUCAAUCCAAACCAGACACACAAGACACACUUCCAUGUGGACCAAACCACCAAGGUUGAGGUGGACAUGAUGAGAAGAACCGGACGCUACGACUUCUAUCAGGACUACGACAACCACACCACCGUCAUCAGGCUGCCCUACAAGGGGAACACCUCCAUGUUGAUUGUCCUACCUGAUGAAGGCAAAAUGAACGAGGUAGAGGGCUUCAUCAACAAGGACUACGUCAGGCACUGGCACAACAAACUUGUCAAGAACUCUCUGAGUCUGCACCUGCCAAAGUUUUCUAUCAAAGCUGAUGCCUCUCUGGGUAAAACUCUUAAUGAAUUAGGAAUCACUGAAGCCUUCUCUGACCAAGCUGAUUUCUCCGGCAUAUCCACAGAGGUCAAACUCAAACUGUCAAAGGUGUCUCACCAGGCUGUCCUCAGCGUGGAUGAAACUGGAACAGAGGCAGCAGCUGGCACCACCUUAGAAAUUAUGCCCAUGAGUCUGCCGGAGACCGUGGAACUCAACAGGCCUUUCAUGGUCUUCAUCCUGGAGCAUUCUACAAGGAGCAUCCUCUUCAUGGGCAAGAUCAACAACCCCACAUCCACGUAAAGUUGCUUUUGAAGCGAACGCUGAGUUUAUCACGUUUUCACUCUGCAGUGAGUUUCAGUCGCCUCUGAACAUUCUCUUAUUUGUACUUCCGCAUUUAAAAAGCACUGUUGCAGUGACAUUAGAAGAACUGGUGAGAUAAUGAAUGAAAUCUACUAUGUAGUAAAAUAUGUGUCUGGUGAUACAUUUACUACCCACUAAUCUCUGAACCUGGCAAGGUGAAAAGUGUCUAAUUACAAUCUAAUACAUUGUUUCCAUCAGAUUGUUGGACUGUAACACACUGAGCCAUUCGUUUUAUUGUGGUGUUGCUGUUUCAACAUGAAAUAAAGUCUUGUCAUGAACAA